AUGUCGGUAGAAUCAGAAUACAAGCUUGAUAAUGUGGCCGCAACUUCGGUUCCAUCCGACCAGAUUGAUGCAACCUUCAAAUCAUCUACCAUUGAUUUGAUAUCUGGCACUCUGGGCGGCAAAGUCCUCUCUUGUUCAGAUGAGUGGUUUGCGGAGGCAGCGAACCUGCUCACCCCAACUCCGCCAAUUCGUCAACCAGGUAAAAUGGUCUACUCGGGUGCGUGGUACGAUGGCUGGGAAACCCGCCGUCACAACACUGCCCCUUUUGAUUACGUCGUGAUCCGCUUGGGUGUGGCUUCAGGAACCGUAGAAGGUAUUGAGGUUGAUACUGCUUUUUUCUCUGGUAAUCAUGCGCCAGCCAUUUCCGUGGAAGGAGUAUUCAGCUCGAGUGACGAGGAGGUUGUUGGUUGGAAAGGAGACCGUGGGAAGUGGGAGCCCAUUCUUGGUCUUCAAGAGUGUGGACCUUCUCAGAGAUUUGGCUGGAAGUUGACGAAUCCAACAAAGAAACCUUACACCCAUGUUCGUUUGAACAUGUAUCCAGAUGGUGGAAUCGCUCGGUUCAGAUUAUUCGGCCAUGCGGUUCCGGUAUUUCCAGAGGACAAGGAAGCAAUCUUUGAUCUUGCUGCCGCACAGAAUGGCGGAGUUGCUAUCUCUUGCAGCGAUCAACACUUUGGUGUCAUUGCAAAUCUAAUCUUACCAGGAAGAGGGAAGGACAUGGGUGAUGGAUGGGAGACCUCAAGAUCUCGAGGCAAAGACCAUGUUGAUUGGGCCGUCAUCAAGCUGGGAGCAAAAGGGAAGAUCCAGAAUCUAGUUGUCGACACCGCUUUCUUUAGAGGGAACUUCCCCCAAAAGGCAAAAGUUGAAGCAAUAGAUUGGUCCGGCGAGGGAGAACCUGGAGCACUCGCUGCGGAUUGGGUCGAGGUUGUGGCUGCUAGCAAAUGCAGUCCAGACAAGGAGCAUGAGUUUGAAUCUUUGAUCAAAGACAAGACUUUCACUCACGUCAAAUUGGUUAUGAUACCCGAUGGAGGAGUUAAACGUAUUCGUGUCCUCGGAAAGAGAAGCGAAUAA